AUUGUAAUAAUAUGCAUCAUCCAAUUGUAAUUCUCUUGGUAGAUAGAGGACCUGAUGAAAAUCCAUGGCAUCUAAAAAAUAUAAAACAAUAUUGUCAGUAUUUUCGUGAUGCAGAUUUAGAUUAUAUGAUAAUUCGUACACAUGCACCUG